AUGAACAAAGAUAAACGAAAAUUAAAUACUAAUCAAUCUUCACAAGUAACAACGAAGAAAAAAAGAAAUGAAAUUGAUCAAACAGUAAUGUCAAUUGAAAAUUUGUCUAAUGAAAUAUUCUAUGAAAUCUUCGAUUAUCUUGAUGGCUGUAAUAUUUAUCAAAUAUUUGCGAAUCUUAAUUCUCGUUUUGAAAAACUUCUCAAUUCAUCAUCUCUUCUAUUCAAAAUCAAAAUUCGUCCAACAUUGAAAGAAAGAUUUAUUAAAAACUAUAAAGAAAUUAUUCUUUUUCAUAAGAAUCAAAUCCUAUCCAUACAUUUCUCAUCAGUAGUAUAUCAUCAAAUGAUCUCAUUACUAAACAUUGAUUGUUCAUUUAAUCGUCUUGAAUCUCUUGUUUUUGAUUCAAUUCAACCGUUUAUUUUAACUCCACUUCUUUCCAAAUUAAUUCAUUUACCUCGAUUUUUUUCCUUAACUAUUGACACUCAAAAAACUUUACACAAUUUAAUCCAUGUGUAUCGAUUAAUAUUUGAUUUACCAAAAUUACAAUAUCUCAGAUUCUUUGCAAUGGAAACCAAUGAUACUAGUAUAACUGUUUCCUUACCAAUUAAUAUUAAUAAUCAAUUCAGUACAAUCAAACAUCUUGUUAUUGAUCAUCCAUGUGCAUUUAACGAACUUUUUUCAAUUAUUUCUUAUACACCACAAAUAACUCGUUUGAGUUUUAUACAUAAAGCGUAUAGUACAUUUAAAACUGACAUAAUUUCACCGAUCAUAUUAUCAAAUUUAACACAUUUAUCUAUCUAUGGCGAUCAUCUUCAAUUCGAUAAAGUUCAAAUGUUUAUUACAAAAAUCGAUGCAAAAUUAAAAGUUUUAUCUGUUAAAAGUCUUGCUAAAGAUAUAACUUAUCUUAAUGCGAAUUGUUGGAAAGAAUUAAUUAUGAACAAUUUUCCUCAAUUAGAAGAAUUUCAUUUAACAUUUUUGAUAUUUUUAGAAUCUAUUCACAGAACUUCAUUGUAUAUUAAUAAAUUAAAUACAUUCAAUUCAUUAUUUUGGAUUGAACGACAAUGGUUAUUACAAGCUGAAAUCAGUCUUGAUACAAUUAUUUAUUCAGUUCAUCCAUUUAAAAAAAGAUGGUAUGAAUAUCAGUCACAAGAUCAGACGAUUCAUCCAUCGAAUGAACUUUUGAAAUCGAUGCGAAUUCUUUUUACAAUUAUUCCUUAUUAUGAUAACAUGAAGCCAUUAAAACAAAUUAUUUCUCAUAUAUCAAAUGUAGCAGAUAUAUAUCAUUUGGAAAUUGAUGAAGAAAUUUAUACGGAUACAUUGAUGGAAAUAUUAGUUUUAUUACCUGAACUUGAUUCACUAAAGAUUUCUUCUUUGUUAUAUUCAAAUCCAAUCUAUAUAAAUGGUAAAGAUAGCAAUGUUCUUUGUUUGUUAACAUCUUUAAAUCAGAUUACAAAAGUUUAUCUCAUGAAAAUGACAAAAAUGGAAGAAAUUGAUUUUCUUAUUGAACUUUGUCCUCAGAUGAUAUAUCUGAAAGUAGAGUUUUUGCAUCAUAUCAAUAUUCAAUUGUUUGUACGAGUGAUUUUAACGAAAAUUAAUAUGAAAUUUAAUCAUAAACUUCGAUUAUUAUGUGCUCGUGUUAAGGCAGUAGAUAAUGACAUUAUUGAAAAAUUAAACAGCAUGAUCAAUUCGGAAAAUUUGUUGACAGAUUAUACAAUUAAACGCAUAACUGAUGAUAUUUAUCUACAAUGGAAAUGA